ACCGAGGGAGUGUCUGCAGGCUGCAGGAGCGGCCUGACGUCUCGUUGUCAGUGUGUGAAUGACUUGAGAAGAAGAGGAAAAAAAGCCAGUGUGACAACAACAGCUCAGCAGGCGAGCCCAUCGCGGAGAAAACUGAGACUUCAUUUGAAAAACUUCCCCUCCUUCCUCAACCUGUAUGACUGCGUGAAGACGAAAAGUUAUGGAGAGCUCCGUUGAGACCUCCCAGACUGGAUGCGCCUCCAAGCCCACUCUGGCCCCCAAACCUCGGCUCACUCCCAAGCCCUUCUCUCUGCAGAAGAACACCACCAUUCGCUCCAUCCACGCUCCAAAGACGGCCACCACAACUGUUAAAUCAACAACAAACCAGACUGGAAAAUAUGAAGCCGCACGUGUCCCCAAACCGACUCCGACCGCCGGUGCGCAGAAACCUCCUCAGCAAACCGCCGCCUCUGAUUCCAAACCAAGCUCUUUAAGCAAACCCGCCAAAGAUAAACCAAAAGCGACCAAAGAAAGUAAAGCAAGUCCACGUGACGAGGAUACUCUCGAUUCUAGUGUAGCUCCAGGAAAAUCUGAUCCUGCCCCACAAACCACUCCACCCAAGGGGACACCCAAAUCUGAGCCGCUCCAGAAAGACGAUGUCAUCCAAACAAACCACAGAGCAUCCACAGAUUUUGUGACUAACUCUGAACAGAAAGACAGAAAAAAGGAGGAAGAUGAAACUCCGAGUUCUGUCGUCCAAACCCCUGAGGAAUCAGGGAGCGACGGUUCUUCCACAGCCAAUCCAUCAUUUCGAUGGGGCGGCACCAGGAAGAGUCUGUCCACGAAGCUCACCUCGAAGUUUGAGUCAGGUGGUCCGCCCCUGCCUCCACAGCCCACUAUAACUGUAACCACAAGCAACACCAAAGACGAUUCAAACAAGCCGGCGCCCUCCAAUCCAGAGCAGAGCCAGACGACAACAGAGCCGCCAAGCAGGGAGAGUGAUGAAGGAGGACUGAAGGAGGAUUACAGCGGAGGAGGAAGUAUCAAACGCAGAAUCAGUCUUCUGUUUGACUCCUCGUCGAGGCCAGAGGUCAUGACGAAGAAAGAGGAGACAGAGAUCAUAAAUAGUACAGGAGGAGUAAAAGAGCGAAUUAAACACUGGGCGGUGGAAAGAAAUUCUGAGGGUCCGAAUGCUGAGAAGAAACCUCAGCUCUCACCCCGACCUCGCUCGCGGAGCUUUGAGCCUGUGGCGGCUCCGGCAGCAGAGAAAACUGCCAAAGCGCCGCAUGUGAAACCUCCUGCGGCCACAACGUCGUCUACACAGGAUCCACGUCCAACGGUCUCCUCAGCUGAACCGUCCUCGGGUUCCCUCGUGGAGACAUCCAAAGACACUCCUACAGAAAAUAAGUCACCGAAUAUCUCAAGGGAGAGACCUGGAGGGGACGAGCAGAGCGAAUCAACGGAGGGCGAGGUUCGACUACGCAAUCGCAGCCCGUCUACGACCCACGCUGCCACAGACGAGGGAGACUCGGCUUCAAGUGAAGGUGACCCGCGUGUCCUAAAGAGAGACAAUGUCAAGCGUCGCUCUGUUCGCUUUGGUAUCGUGGAGAGAGACGAUGGUGGGCCUCCAUUGAUCCUGGGCUCGGCGUCGGAAUCCAGCUCAGAAGAAGAAGAAGAAGAAGAAGAGGCUCCUGAGGACAAAGCCCCUGUGUCUUUGCCGGUCUACCGACGACUAGGAAAUGUUCAGAAGAAGGAUGGCAAGAUCCAAAAUCAAGAAGAGGAACGACUGAAACAUUUGGAGUUUGAACAAAGACGGAGCGCAGAGGAGAACUACCAGGCAAGACUUAAGUUAGAAGAGGAGCAAGAAAGGGAGAAAGAAAAAUCUAGGCAGAGGGAAGCGCUUCGGCUUAGGGAAGAGGAGAAACAGAGAGAGGAGGAAAGGGAAAAAGAGAGGUUGAAGGAGGAGGAAAUGCAGAGACAGCAGAAGAAGGAAUGGGAGAGAGAAAGGUUAGAAGAAGAGGAAAGGGAACGGAAAAGGCUAAGAGAAGAAGAGAUGGAAAAGGAAAGACAGAUUCUGUGGCAGAGACAGAGAGAGGAGGAGAGAGAGAGGGCGAAACAGAAAGAAGAGAGACUGAAGCAAGAUCAGGAGGAGAGGGAAAAGGAGAGACUGGAGGAGGAGAAGAGGAAAGAGGAGAGACUCAAAGAAGAGACGAGGCAGAAAGAGGAGAGGGAGAAAGAAAGAUUAAGAGAGGAGGCUGAGGAAAGAGAGAGGGAGAGAGAAAGGGAGGUUGAGUUGAGGUGGCGGAGACAGAAAGAGGAGGAUGAAGAGAGGGCGAGGCAGAAGGAGGAGAGACUCAAAGAAGAGGAGAGGCAGAAGGAGGAGAGGGAGAAAGAAAGAUUAAGAGAGGAGGCUGAGGAAAGAGAGAGGGAGAGAGAAAGGGAGGUUGAGUUGAGGUGGCGGAGACAGAAAGAGGAGGAUGAAGAGAGGGCGAGGCAGAAGGAGGAGAGGGAGAAAGAAAGAUUAAGAGAGGAGGCUGAGGAAAGAGAGAGAGAGAGAGAAAGGGAGGUUGAGUUGAGGUGGCAGAGACAGAAAGAGGAGGAUGAAGAGAGGGCGAGGCAGAAGGAGGAGAGACUCAAAGAAGAGGAGAGGCAGAAGGAGGAGAGGGAGAAAGAAAGAUUAAGAGAGGAGGCUGAGGAAAGAGAGAGGGAGAGAGAAAGGGAGGUUGAGUUGAGGUGGCGGAGACAGAAAGAGGAGGAUGAAGAGAGGGCGAGGCAGAAGGAGGAGAGACUCAAAGAAGAGGAGAGGCAGAAAGAGGAGAGGGAGAAAGAAAGAUUAAGAGAGGAGGCUGAGGAAAGAGAGAGAGAGAGAGAAAGGGAGGUUGAGUUGAGGUGGCGGAGACAGAAAGAGGAGGAUGAAGAGAGGGCGAGGCAGAAGGAGGAGAGGGAGAAAGAAAGAUUAAGAGAGGAGGCUGAGGAAAGAGAGAGAGAGAGAGAAAGGGAGGUUGAGUUGAGGUGGCGGAGACAGAAAGAGGAGGAUGAAGAGAGGGCGAGGCAGAAAGAGGAGAGACUCAAAGAAGAGGAGAGGCAGAAAGAAAGAUUAAGAGAGGAGGCUGAGGAAAGAGAGAGAGAGAGGCUAAAGAGGUCGGAAGAUGAAGAGAGGAUGAGGGAAAGAUGGAGACAGGAGGAGGAGGAGAGAAAAAGAAGGGAGCUUGAGAGGAAAAUGCAGCAGGAAAGAGAGGAAGAGAUGGAGAGAAUGAGGCAAAUAGAAAAACAGAGAGAGGAGGAGGAAAGGUUGGCGGAGCUGGAGAGAAAAAUGCGACAGGAAUUGGACAUGAAGCGAGCAGAAAAGUUGAGAAUGGACGAAGAGAGAGAGAGGGGAGAACUCAGGCCGACCGUCAGGGAACGAACGAGUGCAGCGGACGAGUCCGAUUUAAUCAGCUUCGACUCUGAAGAUGUGCCCCAGAAGUCAGAAGCACCACACUCCCCCUUCGCAAACAUCCCUGAGCGCAAAGAGGGUCAAAUCAAAGUCCCUUACGACGACUUCUCCGUCAGAAAGUCUCUGAUUGAGGUGGAUUUUGACGAUUUUUCCGUCAAACCGAAGAGAUGGGGCUCCCAGGCUAAAGCAGAACGUAGUCCAGUCGCCCAGAGCCGGGCAACCAAUCCUGUGGACAGAGACGAGGUGGAGCUGCCGGUGCCCCUGAAUGUCUCCCGUCAGGAAAACAGAGCACCAGAGCCCGUGGCAAAACCUGACAACGCAGAGCCUACACCAGCUGUGGAGAGGCCGGAGGAGCAAGAGGCGGAGCCGGAGGAGGAACAGCUCACCUACUUCGAGGUGGAGGAAGAGGAGAAGGCGAUUGAGGAGGAGGAGGAGAUGGAGGAAGAGGUGGAUGAAGCAGAGGAAGAAGACGAACAGGAGGCACAGGUCAACAGUUAUCGUAUAAACGGAGAAGACGCAGACACCGAUGGGUUGAUAGACAGUGAGCCAGACCAGCAGAAUCAGGGCCACGAACACACAUCUGAAACUGACAGCCCAGAGCCGAUCCCUGACCAAGUUCUAGAAGACUCUUCUCGAGAUGUUGAUUCCACUGAUUUCUCUUCAUUCCCUGAGAGUUCCAAUCCGCUCCUUGACACCAGCGCACAGAGAUCUAAGGCUCAUGUGGGUAAGAGGCGGCUUCGAUCGCGUCCGUCCCGCUCGCUGCGUUCGGGGUCGACUCGGAGUCACAUCUUGGACUGGAGGGUCUGUGACUCCACAGAUGAAAAGGAGGCAACUUCCAAACAAAGGGAGUCCGAUUCUGAGGAGGAACAACCGAAACCGAAGAAACCCUUACCUCCCCCUCCCACCUCUCAAAGAGUCCCCGUGUUCCCUGGUCUGAGCCCUACAGCCCUGAUUGCUCAACUAAAAAGGAGAACAGGUGGAGGAGGAGCUGGAGGAAGAGUGGAAACAGAUGAAGCCAAGGGAAGAGAAGAGCGGGGAAGUCAGCAAGAGGAAGUAGCACCUUCACCCACACAACUCUCCCGCUCUCCUCGCUCUGCUGCUCAUCUCGCGGGGGCUGCACGGGUGCUGCCACCCCUGGGCGGCACGGACGGAGGUGCCGGCUCAUCUCCUGCUUGGCUGAAAGAACUGAAGUCUAAGAAGCGUCUGAGUCAUCAUGACAGCAUGACAGAGGCUUAGCCAGACACAGGAGACUGUGCUGCCGCCUUUUUAGCAAGAAUCAAUCCAUCUCAGUGGCUGCUGCUGCUGCUGCUGCUGACAGACAUCUUGCCACGGUUGCUCCAUUUUGCACUUUAAGUGCCUUAUUUUGAAACUUCACUGUUAUAUUCCGGGGAGGGUUUGCUGGAUAUACAGGCCAUCGGAAACUUUUCAUCUUGUCAAUGAAAUAAUGGUGUCAUGGCUGUGAUGUGUAAAUGCCAAGUGUUGUGUGUUAUUGACUGUUGCACAGAGGCUCAAUGGAGGUUGAACGCCCACAUAUGAUUAAGAGCAAAGCCAUGGAAUGUCUUGUUGUCUGAAUGUGUAAGCCCAUCAGUUACUGACAGGGACUGAUGACACUAGGCUUUUAGCAGGGUAUGUAUCAUCACACACACACACACACACACACACACACACACAUACACACGCACACCUAUAAUGUAUAUACAGGAAAUACUGAAUAUAAAUAAUGGAUUGCACCUUGUGUGUAUUUAGUGGAAAUUGUAUAAAAUGCUUUUUACAUUAUUAUACCAAUCACAGUUCUCUCAAGUAAAACUACCUAGCACUUUAAGAAACGUGAUAACAAAUUACCCUCCAUACAGUGCAUCUAAGCGAUAGAAUAAUCAUGUACAUUACUGUAGAAACGGGGUCAAGGGAUUUUUUUCUUUUUAUAACAUUAUGAAUGCCUGGAUUCUCUUUAAACUUUCCACAACAUGUAAAGAGGAGGUGAAAGUCCCAGUAGCUCAGAACAGCAGCAGUGCGCUGGGUGGGAAAUCGAAGGCAUGCUGUGUGUUUUGUAAAAUCUAAGAACAAAUGUUUUCAUCUGCUUGAAAUUCUUUUGUGAGUGCUUUUUUAUGUUUAUGAUUGACUGGCAUCAAUACUGUAAUCAUUUUUGAUCAGCAUACUGUAUGACAAGAGGGAAUCGAGGGACCUUUAUUAAAACUUUUUUAUGAAAUUCAA